GAAACAUAAAAAUCGAAAUGGUCAUACACACUAUUGAAAACAUUACACAUCGCCCUUAUGGGUUCAUUCUGACCGUACUCGGUGCGCUGAAAGUCUAAUCUUAAAAAGUUACGUGAUCUAAGGUUUCUGGGGGGUACGUUAAUGUUGAUUUGUGAGAGAAUAUCUAGGGCAUCCAUUUGGCCAGUCAAUAUUUUCCCAACAAAUAUCGCUCUGGAUGUAUUUAGCCUUUUUGCCAGAGUUUCCAUAUCAAGCAGACGACAGUGAUCAAUGUAUGGUGGUAGCUCUGUUGGGUUAUGCCACGGCAAAGUUCUAAGAGCAAAGCGGAGGAAUCUUGCUUGUACUGCUUCAAUUCUGUUAGUCCAAAUGCUCGUAUAAGGACACCAAAUGGCUGCGGAAGCUUUCAGGACAAGUGAAAAAUACAAUGCCCGCAGACAAUAUGGAUCAGUAAACUCGUUGGCGAUUCUUAUUAUGAAGCCAAGGUUUCUAUUUCCCUGUGCUAUAACAUGAGAGUAAUGGUUUCUGAAUGUCAGUUGCGAGUCCAGGAGUACACCAAGGUCUCUGAUAACUGACACUCUCUCUAGCAAUUGGCCGGCGAUGUUGUAGCGCUACGAGAAUUGGAUUUUUUCUGCGCGUGAAAGAUAUUAUAGAGCAUUUAGACACACUGGGAGCCAACAAGUUGCGAUUACACCAGUUACAGAAAGCAUCUAGAUGUCGCUGAGGUUCGAUGCAGUCCUCUAUUGACCGCACAAUGAGAAAGAGUUUGAGAUCAUCAAUGUUUCGGAUAAAUACCCCUCUUACGCCAAUCGGACUGAGCCAAAGUGGUUGUUAUACCAGUUGCGUCGCAUCUGACAAUCCAUCUCUGGUGAAGUAAACGACUAACAGGAAAGUAGAUCAGAAAAUCAGUUUUUUUGUAACCCUCUGAAGAGUCAGGAGCACAUUAAUCAAAAAAUAUUUAUAUACACACCAUAAUUUACAUUUAUUCUGUUACAAUUGCGAAUUAAAUAAUCGGAAACCAAAUUCUUGAGCAGAUUCAAGCGGAGAAAGCUUCGACUUUGCUGCGAGAAAAUCAUCCGAAAAUCAAUCGUAACAGAAACUCAAGAAUUUGCAUUCUUGCACGGAGAUGCUUCGGAAAUCCUUUGUUCGACAGACUCGCUCGCAGACACGAGCUGCAGAGAAACAUGCAGCUAACCUCAAAAAUGAUGGUGAUCCACGUGAGGUUUCAUCACGGCCAUCUUCGGAGGUUAAUUUCGUAGCAGAUGUGAUAGACGAUGAGCGAGCGGAUGAAAAGGACUGCGGAGCAUGCGACGGUCCUAAUAAUGCAGAUAAAUACAUGGUACAGUGUGAUCAUUGUUCACGCUGGUACCAUUUCCUUUGUGCUGGGGUGAAUUAUAGAACAGUACAUUCCAAGCCAUUCUUGUGUGUGCUGUGCGUUCCGCGCCUUCCCGCGCCACCACCAACGUCGGUAACUGGGAGAAGCAGUACGCCCAGCUCUCGAAGAGCACGUGUGGCCCGCGAAAUGCAGCGUUUGGAGGAAGAGAGGGUCUUGCAGGAGACAAUUCAGCAGGAAUUGUUGGCGGCUGAAAAGGCGUUGAACCUGAGAGCAAACCAGGAGAAAUUGGAACGCGAGAAGCAGUACAUUGCGAGAAAAUAUCAGUUAUUAGACCAACAAGAGGACGCAGACACAUCCAGCUUGUUGAGCGUUCGAACGAAGCAGAGCAGUAGAGUGAAAAGUUGGGUUAAAGACCAGAACGCUGCGACGGAUAUAUUGGGCUCCCCCACUGCAGGUGCUGAGAUCGAUCACACACGAGACGAGCUAAUGAACUACCGUGCAAUCGUGCCGUGUACCUCCACCCCAUUGCAGACGGUAACCCAUCCGGCUCACACGAGUACUGAGAUUGACGCUAAACAUCCGGAAUCUAAUGUUGGGGGAACAGCCAACACCGAACGGAACGAGACAGUCGGAAGCAUAGCAAUCGGUGAGGAUGAGGACUCCGUGAGGACAGUGGAUGUUGAUGGCCUAGCCCAAAUUCAACGGGUAAAUGUACAGCCGUUUGUGGACAUACUGAACGAUAGUAAGCUCAAGGUUACGCAGUACGGUGCUCGUCCAAAGACCCCAUUAACCUUGUAUGGCAAGUGGAAUAUGGAAACCACAGAGUUACGUAAACAACGUGUCCAACAACAAGAAGCGUACGAGAAGGAAAUUGAAAUGCGACGUAGAAGAGAGUUGGACUUGGUCAAAAAAGUUAACCAACUGAUGGAGCACGAAAAACAACAGUACGAAUUGCAACGACGACGGGAAGCAGAUCUUCUUAGACAACUACGACAGCGAGAAGAAGAAGAAGUGAAGUAUAGGGAGUAGAAGAAGUUAGAAGAAAACCAGGGAGAAUUACUGCGUCUUCAAAAACUGAAACAAUCGUUCAUCGACAUGCAGAUUUCGCUACGGCAGGAGCAGACCGGUGCUGACGAAGGCAUUGCGGAUAAACCAUCGUUACAGGUGAUGCCUGAAAGGACCCAUGACGGAAUGCAACCGCCACGAGAAAUGAAAGCAGGUACAGGUAAAACCCCCCUCAGCCAGCUCAUUCCCUCGGUAAGUGUACCCAAUCUAAGCGCCAAGUCAUUGAGUGAAAUAAAUACCCCACCCUAUUCAAAUGAUCCAGAUGAGUAUUCAAUAUUUACUCCAAUGGGAGAUCGUUUUCAAUAUUCUUCCCCGAUGUAUAGACCAAUGCCAGUGUUUUCUCCCCCUGUUGCCUCUCAAUACGAACCGUUGUCGAAC